ACACCAACAAGUUCUUCCUGCAUCAAGACCGGCAAGAUGGCGGCGGACACGCAGGUUUCAGACACACUGAAGAAGUUUGCAGUGAAGGUGACAACAGCCAGUGUGAAAGAGCGCAAGGAGAUAUUCGGAGACCUGAAACAGUGUAUACAGGGCAAAGAGUUACCAGAGCCUGCCAUUAGAGGACUAUGCAAGCUCUUCUGCCUCACUCCACACAGAUAUCGGGAUGCUGCAUCACGCAGAGAGCUGCUCUCCGUUAUCGCCCAGCUGGCUGAGAGUCAGCCUGACAUACUGGUAACCAGCCUCCUCCAUUGCCUGCUCAACAGUGGAGUCAUCAGCAAAUCUGGAGAGCCCAGUAAAGGCACAGGAUCUGCCGCCUUCAUUGGCCUGUCUUGGACCUGCCUUUUAGUGCCCAGUGUUUUUUCUGCCCCAGAGAAAAGAGAAGGGCCAACCUGGAAGAAAAUGGUGGAGGUUCAGAGCCUUCUUGUGGCUGAGGUGUUGGGUGGAGCCAAGGCCACAGCUAAGAAGUCAAGCCUCAAGAAUCUGAGUCACCUGUGGGAGGAGAAUCCCGGGAUGGUCGAUCAGUACAUCAGCACCCUGUUGACUCUGGAGCAGAGCCCUACGACUCUGGCUUUGCUGGGGGUGUGUCUCGACUUCUGCUCUGCUCAAAAGGACAACUCUACCAUAGGGAAACACAGGAGUGCCCUGCUGGACCUGUACGUAAAAUCAGUCCUCAUGAGCAAGACGAAACCACAACAGCACAUUUUGGACAAAAGCGCCUCCUUACUGCGUCACGUGUCUCACUCUGAGUUCAAGGAGAUGCUGCUUCCCUCUCUGCAGAAGACAAUGCUCCGCAGCCCAGAGAACGCCAUGCAGACUGUUUCCUGCCUGCUGUCUGCUGUAACGAUCGACCUCAGUCAGUAUGCCAUGGAUAUUGGAAAAGCGCUUGCAAGCCAGCUGAAAGCUAAUAAUGCCCAGCUGAUGGAGGGAGCAGUCCAGGCUAUGCAGAACUUGGCUCAGCAGUGCAGCGACCCCACAGCUGUGCAGGAUAUUGUCACACAUCUCUUCAAGAUACUCGGAGGUUCUGAAGGAAAGCUCACAGUUGUUGCCCAAAAGAUGAGCGUGUUGUCAGGAAUUGCCAGCUGUGCCCAUCAUGCCGUGUCAGGAGCCUCCAACCAGACUCUGAGCUCUGCAGUCACUGUGAUGUUCAUCCCCUAUUUACAACAAGAAGUCCAUGAGGGCACCUUGGUGCAUGCGGUGUCUGUACUCUCCCAGUGGAGCAGCCGCCUCACGGUGGAAGUUCCCGUCGCUCUGCUGGAUUGGUUCAAGAAGGCGUUUACCCUGAAGACCUCCACCUCUCUGGUUCGACAUGCCUACCUUCAAGCCAUGCUGGGGGCCUUCAAAGGUGACACUCUGGCCCAAGCCUCAGAGCUCAUACCCUUGCUGCUCCAGACAGUUGAGAAGGCUGCGGCACAGAACUCCCAGCAUGCUCUGCUUGCAGAAGGUGUGGCAGCGUCUGUUCUUUUGAGUCGAUUGGCUCUCUUGGAGACACACACAGAGACUAAAUUCACCAGCUUUUGGAACCUGAUCUUGGAUGAGAAGAAGCCAUUAUUCACGACAGAGAAGUUCCUCUCCCAGGGCAGUGAAGAAACUCUGCUCACAGUGCUGCUGCUCUGUGAACGGCUGUUUUUGGAUCAUGCCCACAGGCUGAACACCAGCAAAACACAGAUGUAUCAUCAGGCCACAGUUGCAACUCUGUUGUCUCGGAGCUGGCGUGUGAGGAAGAGAGCACAGCAGACAAUCAGGAAGCUUCUCUCCUCUUUGGGUGGAUCCAGUCUUGCUCAUGGCCUUCUUGGAGAACUCCGGGUGAUCGUCAACAAACACAAAGUUUUACCUCAGGAUGUCCUGGUGUCAGAGUCUGGAGAGCUGACUGAGCUGGGCCGCAGCUACGUGCCCCCUCGUGUCCUGUUGGAUGCUCUGUGUGUUGUUUGCUCCUCUGCCAGCCAGUGGGGGGAUCCUGCUGAAGCAGAGAACUUGGCAAUGGAGACCCUCAUAGUUUCUCAUCAUCCAUCUAUAGUGGAAGCUCGCCGUGGCCUCUGGCCCGUUCUCCUCUCCUCCAUGAAAUUAAAAGCUGAAGAGUUUAUAGAAAAGAACCUGGAGGCUAUUUUGCCACAGCUGCUGGAAGUCAAUGCUGACAACCAGGCCGUCAGAAAUGCAGUGGGCUCCCUCUCCAGCCUCUCACCCAAUAAGCUGUUGCCAAGGGUGAUGACAUACAUUACUGAAGGGCUUUCCAAAUCCCCACUGCUUCAGGUCACCAGGGAGGAGUAUGCCAUUAUGUUAACACCUGAGGGAGAACUGUAUGACAAGAGCAUUAUCCAGAGUGCCCAGAAGGAAAACACUAAGAAAGUAAACAUGAAGAGAGAGAACAAGGCAUACUCGUACAAGGAACAGAUCAUUGAACUGGAGUUACAGGAGGAGCUAAAGAAGAAGAAAGGCAUCAAAGAGGAGAUCCAACUAACCAGCAAACAGAAGGAAAUGAUGCAAGUCCAGCUGGAAAAAGAGUCUGCUACUCGCAGAAGGCUUCAAGAGCUGGAUGUGGAGCUGCAGAGUGUAGUGGGGCUACUGGAAGCCAUCCUGAUAGAGAGUCCUGCUCAGAUCACCAGGGAGCUCCCUGCUGUCCUCCAGGUCCUAAUGCCCCUGCUGCAAUCCCCACUGGCUGCUCCAUGCAUCCAGCAGGUCUUCUUGGAUAUUGGAGUGUGCCUCAUGCCCAAGAAUCUUCACCAUCUGGCUGUACUUGUAGGUCAUGUGACUUUACGGUUGCUGAAGCCUGAGUGUGACCUGGAUAAGGCCUGGGAACAAGAGGACCUGGAUACAGCUGCUCACCGUACCGUGCUGCAGCUGCACAAUCACACCGUCCCACAGAGAGAGGGCAAGACUGCCGAUGUGGCUCCACUGUCUGCUCCUGCCUUUUCCUUCUGCUUCCCUCUCCUCAACGCUACACUCAGGGAGUCUUCAGGCAGCACUGAGGAGAAGGAGAACAUAAUGACCAGAGCGCUGCAAGUCAUUAACGAACACUCUCAGCUUCGGGCUGACACAAACUGUGAUGACAUGAUCAUAGAUGAGAACGGCCCAGAGCUGCUUCCACGUGUCAACAUGCUGCUGCUGCUGACCAGAAUUAUUUCCACUGCAACACCGAGACUCCAGGUGUUGGCUUCUCAGUGCCUGACAGCUCUGUGUGCCAGUGCUGGAGGAGGAGAGGGCUGCACUGUAGCAGAGCAGCCAGAGAUAGACGUCCUACUCAAUGCCCUGCUUUCACCCUGCUUCUCUGUCCGGGACGCUGCCCUCAGGGGGCUGUUAGAGAUGGAGUUUGCCCUGCCUACAGACUGCACAGAGGCCAGCGGGAUGAGUUUGCUACGCAGGCUUUGGGUUGCCAGGUUUGAUGUUGAAGAGGAAGGACGGGCCCUGGCUGAAAAGCUCUGGGAGUCUCUGGGUUUGGAGUUGGUCCCCGAGCUGUGCUCACUGCUGAUCGGAGACGUCACUCACCACGAGGAAGCCAUCCGCUCCGCUGCAGCUGAGGCUCUGUCGAGUGCCGUGUCCCAGUAUAGAGACCAGUCUGCCACAGUGCUUGGCCAGCUCACUGAGCUUUACCAUCAGAAACUCUAUAGACCACCUCCUGUGCUGGAUGCUCUGGGCAGAGUCAUCUCUGAAGCUCCACCUGACCAGUGGGAGGCCAGGUGUGGCAUUGCUCUGGCUCUGAACAAGCUGUCUCAGUACCUGGAUGAAUCUCAGGUCACCCCUCUCUUCCUUUUCUUCGUUCCUGAUGCUCUAAACGAUCGCCACACUGAUGUGCGGCGCUGCAUGCUGGACGCUGCCCUCUCAGCUCUCAACACACACGGAAAGGAUAACGUGAGCUCCCUGCUGCCAGUGUUUGAGGAGUUCCUGAAGAACGCCCCACAAGAUGCCAGCUACGACUCUGUCCGUCAGAGCGUAGUUAUUCUCAUGGGUUCCUUGGCCAAACAUCUGGACAAAAAUGACCCCAAGGUCAAACCCAUUGUAGCCAAGCUUAUUACUGCUCUCUCAACACCUUCGCAGCAGGUCCAGGAGUCUGUUGCCAGCUGUUUGCCUCCUUUGGUCCCUGCCAUCAAGGAGGAUGCUGCAGGGAUUGUUAAAAACCUGCUCCAGCUGCUGCUCGAGAGCGACAAAUACGCAGAGAGGAAAGGUGCAGCGUACGGGCUGGCUGGAUUGGUCAAAGGACUCGGGAUCCUGGCACUUAAACAGCAGGACAUCAUGACCACACUAACUGAUGCAAUCCAGGACAAGAAAAACUUCAGACGGAGGGAAGGGGCGCUGUUUGCCUUUGAGAUGCUGUGUAACAUGUUGGGAAAACUGUUUGAGCCCUACGUGGUCCAUGUGCUGCCACACCUCCUGCUUUGUUUUGGUGAUGGAAACCAGUAUGUUAGAGAGGCUGCAGAUGACUGUGCCAAGGCUGUGAUGAGAAACCUGAGUGCCCAUGGGGUGAAGCUAGUCCUGCCAUCCCUGCUGGUGGCGCUGGAGGAGGAGUCUUGGAGGACUAAAGCAGGCUCAGUGGAGUUAUUGGGUGCCAUGGCUUACUGUGCACCCAAGCAGUUGUCCUCCUGCCUGCCCAGCAUUGUGCCUAAGCUGACGGAGGUGCUGACUGACUCCCACGUGAAGGUGCAGAAGGCCGGCCAGCAGGCCCUGCGACAGAUUGGCUCAGUCAUCCGCAACCCAGAAAUCUUGGCCAUCACCCCCAUCCUAUUGGAUGCUCUCACUGACCCCUCCAGGAAGACCCAGACGUGCCUGCAGACGUUGCUGGACACCAAGUUUGUGCACUUCAUUGAUGCCCCCUCUCUGGCCCUCAUCAUGCCCAUCGUCCAGAGAGCCUUCCAGGACCGCUCCACUGACACUCGCAAGAUGGCUGCUCAGAUUAUUGGAAACAUGUACUCCCUCACUGACCAGAAGGACCUGUCACCAUACCUGCCCAGUGUUAUUCCUGGACUGAAGGCCUCCUUGUUGGACCCAGUGCCUGAGGUCCGUACAGUAUCAGCCAAAGCCCUGGGUGCCAUGGUGAAGGGGAUGGGUGAGUCCUGCUUUGACGACCUGCUGCCAUGGCUCAUGGAGACGCUGGCCUCUGAGCAGAGCUCUGUAGACCGCUCAGGAGCUGCACAAGGUCUGGCCGAGGUCAUGGCUGGACUGGGAGUAGAGAAGCUGGACAAGUUAAUGCCCGACGUAGUGCAGACUGCCAGCAAGGUGGACAUUGCUUCCCAUGUCAGAGAUGGGUACAUCAUGAUGUUCAUCUACCUGCCGCUCACUUUUGGAGAUAAAUUUACUCCCUAUGUUGGUCCCAUCAUCCCUUGCAUUCUCAAGGCCCUGGCUGAUGAGAACGAGUACGUCCGAGACACGGCACUGCGAGCUGGCCAGAGAAUCAUCAGCAUGUACGCUGAGACCGCCAUCGCGCUGCUGCUUCCUGAGUUGGAACAAGGACUGUUUGAUGACCUGUGGAGAAUCAGGUUUAGCUCUGUGCAACUGCUUGGCGACCUGCUGUUCCAUAUUUCUGGAGUAACAGGAAAGAUGACCACAGAAACCGCCUCAGAAGAUGACAACUUUGGAACUGCUGCAUCUAAUAAAGCUAUCAUUAGUGCUCUGGGUGUUGAGCGUCGUAACCGGGUCCUCUCAGGCCUCUACAUGGGCCGUUCAGACACCCAGCUAGUGGUUCGACAAGCUUCUCUCCACGUGUGGAAGAUCGUGGUGUCCAACACCCCCAGAACUUUGAGAGAAAUCCUCCCAACUCUCUUCACUCUCCUGCUGGGCUUCCUGGCUUCUACCUGUCCAGACAAAAGAACAAUCGCUGCUCGGACACUGGGUGAUCUGGUGAGGAAACUGGGAGAGAAGAUUCUCCCUGAGAUUAUUCCCAUCCUGGAGGACGGGCUGCGCUCUGACAAGAGUGAUGAGAGGCAGGGCGUCUGUAUCGGCCUCAGUGAGAUCAUGAAGUCCACCAGCAAGGACGCAGUGCUUGUUUUCUCUGAGUCACUGGUCCCCACAGUAAGAAAGGCUCUGUGUGACCCUCUGGAGGAGGUCCGGGAGGCCGCAGCCAAAACCUUUGAGCAGCUCCAUGCAACCAUCGGUCACCAGGCGCUGGAUGAUAUCCUGCCUACCCUGCUCAAACAGCUGGAUGAUGAGGAAAUGGCUGAGUUUGCUUUGGAUGGCCUGAAGCAGGUCAUGGCGGUGAAGAGUCGCUCUGUGCUGCCGUACUUGGUACCAAAGCUGACUGCUCCUCCUGUAAACACCCGAGUAUUGGCCUUCCUGUCUGCUGUAGCAGGAGAUGCUCUGACACGUCAUCUAGGGGUCAUCCUCCCCGCUCUGCUCUCCUCCCUUAAAGGAAAACUAGGAACAGAGGAUGAAGCGCAGGAAUUGUGCAGCUGUCAGACAGUGAUCCUUUCCGUGGAGGAUGAAGUGGGUCAGCGGAUCAUUAUAGAAGACCUGCUGGAGGCCACGCGGGGAGCUGAUCCUGGCCUGCGACAGGCUGCUGUCACCAUCCUCAACGCCUAUUUUGCUCGCACCCGCCUGGACUACAGUGCCCACACACGCAUGCUGCUGUCAGGCCUCAUCCGCCUUCUUAAUGAUUCCAACCCAGAGGUUUUGUCUCAGAGCUGGGACACCAUCAACUCCAUCACCAAGAAACUGGAUGCGAGCAGCCAGCUGGCUCUAAUCGAUGAUCUGCAUCGAGACAUUAGAUCAGUAGCUGCAGACGUGAAGGGUCAGCACCUGCCUGGUUUCUGUCUGCCCAAGAAGGGUGUGACCUGUAUCCUGCCAGUCCUGAGAGAAGGUGUCCUCACUGGCACCCCUGAACAGAAAGAAGAAGCAGCUAAAGCCUUGGGAGGGGUCAUCAAACUGACCUCUCCUGAGGCUCUGCGGCCUUCUGUUGUCAACAUCACUGGACCUCUUAUUCGUAUCCUGGGAGACCGCUUUGCCUGGACUGUGAAGACAGCUCUAUUAGAGACUCUCACUCUGCUGUUGGCAAAGGUGGGCAUCGCCUUGAAGCCCUUCCUGCCUCAGCUGCAGACCACCUUCCUGAAAGCCCUGCAAGAUUCGAGCCGUGCUGUAAGGCUGAGGGCGGCAGAGGCUCUGGGUCAGCUGGUUUCCAUCCACACCAAGGUCGAUCCACUCUUCACAGAGCAACUGUCUGCGAUCCGCAAUGCUGAGGACUCUGGAGUCAGGGAGACUAUGCUCCAAGCCUUAAGGUUCGUCAUCCAGGGGGCCGGAUCGAAGGUGGACCCAGCUAUCCGCAAAAACAUCACCACCACAUUGCUAGGCAUGUUGGGACAUGACGAGGAUGCAACUCGUAUGGCCUCAGCCGGCUGUGUUGGUGAGCUGUGCGCCUUCCUGUCAGAGGAGGAGCUGAAGAGUGUGUUACUUCAGCAUGUUUUAGCGGACGUGUCUGGUGUGGACUGGAUGGUGCGUCACGGUCGCAGCUUGGCCCUGGCCAUCGCUGUCAAGUCUGCUCCCGAGAAGCUGUGUGGGAACGAAUACUGUGAUUCUGUGACAGAGACCAUUUUGGCCAAUGCCACUGCUGACAGGAUUCCCAUUGCUACCAGUGGGAUCAGAGCUCUGGGAUACCUGAUGAAGCAUCAUUUGAGAACAGCGGGAGGCGGUGGUGUUUCCCAACACAUCAUUACACAGUUUGUUAAGUGUCUUCAGAACCAAUCGAGUGAUGUCAGACUGGUGUCAGAGCGGGUGCUGUGGUGGAUAUUCAGAGACCCAUCAGUGCCCUCCAUGGACAUAAAUCUCAUCAAGCCUCUGUUGAAGACUCUGCUGGACAACACCAAGGACAAGAACACCAGCGUCCGAGCUCAGAGCGAACACACAAUCGUCAACCUGCUACGACUCCGCCUGGGAGAGGAAACCAUGCAGAAUAUUACUGCCAUUCUGGACUCUGCAAGCAAUGAGCUUCUGUCAGAGUGUCACCGCAGGUCUUUGAAAAAAAUCGCCACCCAGCCAGACUCCAAUGAAGAGAUCGAUGAUACAAUCCUAACAUGAUGGACUUAGAUGAUGGAUGGUCUGAUCUGAAGACUGACAUAUUAAACAAAUCCAUGUAUGAGAACCACAGGCACACUCUGAGGCUGAGUAGUGUUUUGACUGUAUUCCCCAACAAGUGUCUUUUUUUUUUUUUUUUUUUUUUGUUAACCCCCUCCCCCACUUUAAAUCAUUGUUUUAGCGACAUUUAAGCCCACUUUUAUUUUAGUGUGACGCACAGGUUGUUCUGCUGUACUGAACAACAAUAGGAAGACACAACGCCAAAUCUGUUUUGAUAUUUCAGUGUUUUGCUACUUAUUUUACCAAAAUUAUUUCAGGUAUUGCCACUGUAAUGAAAUGAUGGCCCUUUCUUUAACUUUUAUUUGGACUUUGAGUGUGACGGUUGGGGAAAGCAACUUCUUAUAAAAACACAAAUCAUUCUUAUGUCAGUGAUGCAGUUGUAAAAAGGCAAUACAUAAUAAAAGGUUCUGGAUUUCA